AUGGCGCCAGUCCCCAUGCCCUCGGCGCUCACAUUCGAGCUGCUAGGGAAAUGCUCGGUCACAAAAGCGCGCGCCGCGACGCUCCAUCUACCCCACGGCCCCGUGCCCCUCCCCAUCUUCAUGCCCGUCGCGACGCAGGCUUCGCUAAAAGGUCUCACGCCAGACCAGCUGGAAGAUCAGGGCUGCCGGCUAUGUCUAAACAACACGUACCAUCUUGGUCUUAAGCCAGGACAAGCCACGCUCGAUGCGAUAGGGGGCGCACACAAGCUGCAGGCAUGGCCGCACAAUAUACUCACAGAUAGUGGAGGCUUCCAAAUGGUCUCGCUACUACAACUCGCCAAAGUGACAGAAGAAGGCGUGCGCUUCCUCAGUCCGCACGACGGGUCGCCCAUGCUGCUCACGCCCGAGCACUCCAUCUCCCUGCAGAACUCGAUUGGCUCCGACAUCAUAAUGCAGCUCGACGACGUGAUUGCCACGACGUCGCCCGACCACGCGCGCAUGAAGGAGGCCAUGGAGCGCUCGGUGCGCUGGCUCGACCGCUGCAUACAAGCGCACAAGUACCCAGAGAGGCAGAACCUGUUCUGCAUUAUACAGGGCGGCCUGGAUCUGGAGAUGCGGAGGGAAUGUACCGCUGAGAUGGUGGCGAGAGACACGCCUGGAAUUGCGAUUGGCGGCUUGUCGGGCGGCGAAGAAAAGGACUCGUAUUGUCGCGUCGUGAAUCUGUGUACUGGGCUGCUGCCGGAGAAGAAGCCCAGAUACGUCAUGGGUGUGGGAUACCCCGAAGACCUAGUCGUCUCCGUCGCCCUCGGCGCAGACAUGUUCGACUGCGUAUGGCCGACCAGAACCGCCCGCUUCGGCAACGCAAUCACGUCCAGCGGCGUGCUCAACCUCCGCAACGCAGUCUACUCGGAAGACUUCUCCCCCAUCGAACAAGGCUGCCAAUGCACCUGCUGCCGGCCGAUAUCCGACGGCGGCCUGGGCCUAACCCGCGCGUACAUUUACCACGUCACGGCCAAGGAAACCGCCGGGGCGCAUCUACUCACCAUGCACAAUGUGCACUACCAGCUCAACCUGAUGAGGCUGGCACGAGAAGCGAUCCUGGAAGACCGAUACCCGCAGUUUGUGAAAGACUUCUUUGGCAAGCUGUACAAGUGGGAGAAGGAGAGGUAUCCCAAGUGGGCUGUUACGGCGCUGCAGGGCGUGGGGGUAGAUCUGAUGAGCGAGAAGUGA